GAGCUGACCUGUUAAAACUCCAUUCGAGCAGACAUGGGCACUCUGCGCUAUCUGAACUUGUUCAUUAGCGAGCGCCUGACGGCGGCGGCUGUGGAGAUUUUCGGGGAAGUGGAGAAAACCCUGAGAGAGUUCCAGGGAGAAAUCAGCCGGUCCAAGCAGGAAAUAGAUCAUCUGCGAUCACUGGUGUCCUGGCCUGAAGUGAAACUACAUAGAUUUGAUCAGGUCAGUGCUCUUUGCAGUGAUGAAGAGGCUUCUCCUGAGCACUGUCUCAAAGACGACUCUACCCCACAAGUGCACCCAGAGCCCCCGAGCAUCCUGCAGAUGAAAGAGGAGCUUGACCAGAGGGCUGCUCAGCAAGGAGGCUCCUGUAGUCGCGAGGGUGCACCCUCACACCUAUACAGAUUAUUAACUGUUGAGCAGGUAGCAAGUGUCAAAGCUGAGCCACGUGGAGAUGAGUGUUUAACAUCUGCCUGCGGAAUAAAUGGAGACUCAGAAGUUCAACAACUAAAACUAGAAGAUCCACUUGAGCUCACUUACCAUAAGAAGGGUGGUACUCAACAAGACUGGAGCCACUGUCAGGACCGUGAUGACCCUCAUCCUCCUCAGAUGAUCAAAGUGGAGAAGUCUGCAUCAUCUAGUCCUCGGGAAGAGGCUGACUGCGACUACAACCUCUGUCAUCAGCCAUUGAAUGUGUAUAGUGAGCCUCAUUCUCUAACCCUGAGCUCCAGCUGCUGCAGUCUGAGCAACAAAGCCUUUAAUACAGCAGAAAAGAUGGCAGAUGUUGAAAACUGCAAACUGUCAGGACUGUCUGGAAUUUCUCAGUCUGCCCAGAGUGAACAUAAUGAGUAUAUAGAGGGUUUGGUGAAUGGAGAAUGGAUUAAAGCACUCACAGCAGCGGGAAUGAGACAACAGAAAAGGCAAAACACUGACUUGAACAGUCAGGGAGGAGACGGUUUAGGGAUGGAAGGAUAUGCAAAUGAUUUAAUUAGGGAGCGAAAACACACUUGCCCCAUUUGUGCAAAGCGUUUCAAAGAGUCGAGCCAUCUGAAGGAGCACUUCAGGAUCCACACAGGAGAGAAGCCUUACCGCUGUAAGGAAUGCGGCUUGAACUUCAGGCAGAGUGGAGCUCUGACGCUACACAUGAGAAUCCACACAGGAGAGCGACCGUACCAGUGCACGGAGUGCGGCAGGCGCUUCAAUCGUAAAGGUGACAUGGAAACUCACAGGGUGACGCACACACGGGAGAAGCCUCAUCCGUGCUUGUUGUGUGGGAAAAGCUUUAAAAGGAAGAACAGCUUAAAGAAACAUAUGAAGAUCCAUGCAGAGGACAGAACUGAUUACACUCACCCACUGUGACUGUUCACAGGAGACAGCAGUAACAUUUCCCAAACCAAAGUUAUCAUUUAUAUACUGUUAAGCUGAAACUGAAGUGUUUGGGUACGCACCACCAAAUUUAAAAUGUAAACAUACACUGAAAGAGGCACUUUAAAGGUACAGUGAGUCAUUUUUUUGAGGUUAUUUAAUAGAAAAAAAAGGAUAUUGUACUCAUAAAUAUACAAAAAUUGGUGUGUAAUUGUGUAUUCCAAUAAAUUGAUGCAUUCUCAUACACUUAGAAAUAAUUGAAAAUACAUAGGAGUGGGCACUGGCUUGUGAAAGCGGUUCCUCCCAUGUCUGCCAUGUUGCCUUACUCCAGCUCUUCACCUCACACCUUUAUUAUUGUUUUUUUGUUUUAACUGACAGAUAUCUUCAGGGGCCACUUACGCGUUUAAACAUUGUUUUUACAAAUGAGCGAUUAAGAAAGUUAUCUGAACUCAACAAAUGGUAUUUUUGAAGAAUUUGGCAGUGAUGGGACUUCACUGGUUUCUGAUCAAAUAUUUUGAGUUUGUUUGCACACUAACAUUAAAGGCUUCAUGACUGAUUUUGAGGCCUGGCCACAGAUGAUAGAGCAGCAUGACAUGUGAUAACAUCAUAGCAUGCAUAUACAUUGGGCUGCUUUGAUGGAUAUAUGAGGUCUUAUCAUCCAAAAAAUUUGUCUUGAUAUUUUUGUCAUCUUUUUCUAAUAUGAGAAUCAAAUUUGAGUUUUUGUUCUUCAGCUUCCUUUUGAUCAAUGUGGACUUGAAGCUUCUCUAAAGAGAAACGCAUUGAAUCUGUUUUUGUAUCAUUUAGAGUUAGACGAUCCUCACCUCCUCUGAACACACGAUCAUAAAACUCUGCGUAAUUAUAACCAGGAAGGAGACGUUGAGCUCUGGAAUGAGCAGUGUUAAAAAAAUCUAACAAAAUCCAUUGGAGGGCAGGGAUUAACAGUGUCCAAUUAAAAGAGUCUUCACUUGUUUAAGGUUUGCACAUAUUUAAUAAGAUGCUGUUUGAAGACCUGGAAAUGUAAGAAAUGUGUGCAAACAGUGAUGAACAUUUAACAUCCACGAUGGAGCAAAGCUCGAGACCCACAGGAAAUGACGUAGAAGCAUCAGAUGUCGUGGCUGCUAUAACAAUAAUUUUAAACUGAGUAUAACCAUCCAGAUGUAAUAUGUGUCUGCCUGAAUGCAAAUGCACACCAGAAAUUUUUUUAGUGAAGACAAAUUUAAUAAAGAAAGCUGCUGUUACACAAACUGUAGAUUU